AGUUCAGUAGACAGUAGCGGUCGAGCAGUGAUUCGGUGCGGUCGCUUUUGUCGUCGUUAUCCGCGUAGAAGUUGUUGGUGUAACGAACGUCGUCACGUUUCGCUAAUAGAAAAAAGUGUAUGUCGACGAUAGACUGACUGCUAUAACGGGAUUUUCUCGCUUCGUUCCGCGUCCCAUCUGAGUAGGCUUGGCGCCAAGGCCAAGGCCUACUACUGGUUACCACUGGACUACGGCUUAGUGUUAGGUGAAAACUCGAACGGAUUUAGUAGUAACAGGACGGCUCCAACCAAGGCAGCAGAGUUCAAUCCCAGCAGGCGAGCUUCAGCAGACCCAACUCCGAGCCUCAGCCUCAACGAAGGAGGCGGCGGCGGUUUGUAUUUGAGGGAGCACAAUGACGGCAACAGCGAUAGAUUACGACUACCUUAUCAAGUUUCUGACCAUCGGCGACUCGGGCGUUGGAAAGACGAGCUUCCUCUAUCAGUACACAGACGGCGUGUUUCACACCAAGUUCAUCUCGACGGUGGGGAUUGAUUUCCGCGAGAAACGUGUCUUGUACAACUCGAACGGCAUCAACCACCGGAUACACCUGCAGCUAUGGGACACGGCCGGUCAGGAGCGCUUCCGAAGUCUGACCACCGCUUUCUACCGGGACUCGAUGGGCUUCAUCCUGAUCUUCGACAUCACCAACGAGCAGAGCUUCCUGGAUGUGCAAAGUUGGAUGGAACAGCUGAAGCAGCACGCCUACUGCGAAGACCCGGACAUUGUGCUGUGCGGAAACAAGGCCGACUUGGAUCACAAACGGGUCAUCAGCGAAACGAGGGCCCAAUGCUUGGCGGAUAAGUACCAAAUCGAUUACAUUGAGACGAGUGCUUUUACGGGGCACAAUGUGGCCGCCGCUGUGGAAUUGCUGCUGGAGAAGGUCAUGAAACGGAUCGAAACCAUAGUGCUGAGUUCGACGAUACAGGCCCGGAGGGGCGUUCCGAAGUUGUUUGUGGAUACGAAGAAUCCGCCGGUCAAGCUGGAAGGCGCGAAUGGGACGGAGAAACCUUCCGGAUGCCGGUGUUAGACCGUGGAAUUUUUACAGUAGGAACAACUUUUGUGAAUCUCUCAAGGAACGAAUCCUAGACAAAUUUUGACUUUUGAAAGAUAACCUUUUAUACGAGAAACUCUCCACUGGCGAUUGCCGGGGUCGAAGAUCGUUUUUGUUAGACACUUUGCGUGCAAAUUGUUAUAAAACAGGUAAAUGUUGGCGUUAUAUUUGUUCGUGAAACGAGAACCAAAGCCAAAGUUCGAAUUCGAAGUCGAAUAAUAUUGUAGUUGAUGUUUGUAUUGUGACAACACGUUUGUCGAACCGUUAGGAAGAAAGCCAAACACAAAUUGUGAAUACGACAAUAUGCAUUUGAAAAAUGACGAGCCGAAACCAGUAUUUGAAUGUUGACUCCGUAGUUGAAUGUAUAUUGAGAUAUGAGAAAUGUUGCUAAAUACGAUAUCUGUCAGAUUUUA